CGUUGUAAACUCCACGUAAUAAACGUUAAACUACUGAAGCAUAGCUUCAAUUACUUUUUGGUAUUUGUUAUGGGAAGUGUCCUUAGCCAAACUUCACGUCAGUUGUUUCCAGUCGGCGUGUUUUUGUGAACGUACCAGUCUCGCCCAACAACAUAAUAAACUAAAAGCUAAUCAGGCCAUGGAGUUCGCAGAGCUGAUAAAGACACCCAGGGUCGAUGGGGUUGUCCUGCACCGGCCUUUUUUGCCCAUUGUGGAGGGGACCCUGUGUUUGACUGGCCAUCACCUCAUUCUCUCCUCCAGACAGGACAACACGGAGGAGCUGUGGCUGCUUCACUCAAACAUCGACUCUAUAGAGAAGAGAUUUGUGGGGUCUCUAGGAAGCAUCAUUGUCAAAUGCAAAGAUCUGAGGGUGAUCCAGCUGGACAUCCCUGGUAUGGAGGAGUGUCUCAACAUUGCCAGCUCUAUAGAGGCACUGUCCACACUUGAUUCAGUCUCCCUGAUGUACCCUUUCUUCUACCGGCCCAUGUUUGAGGUCAUAGAAGAUGGCUGGAAUUCUUUCCUUCCAGAGGAUGCCUUUAAAGAUUUGGAGUCUAUGACUGACGAGUGGAGACUGAGUGAAGUCAACAAGGACUUCAGCGUGUGUCCGUCAUACCCUCCUCGGGUGGCAGUGCCCAAAGAUGUUGAUGACGACACACUGAGAAAAGUAGCUACUUUCCGUCACAGUGGUCGUUUUCCAGUACUUAGCUACUACCACAAAAAGAAUGGCAUGGUGAUGAUGCGAGCGGGACAGCCUCUGACCGGAACCAACGGGCGACGGUGUAAGGAAGAUGAGAAACUGAUCAAUGCCACCCUGCGGCCGGGCAAACGGGGCUACAUCAUUGACACACGCACUAUCAAUGUUGCCCAGCAGGCCAAAGCUCGAGGUGGAGGAUUUGAGUCUGAGGCUAACUACCCCCAGUGGAGGAGGAUCCACAAGGCCAUUGAAAGGGCUAACGUCCUCCAGGAGAGCCUGAUUAAGCUGGUGGAGGCGUGCAACGACCAGUCGCACAGCAUGGACCGCUGGUUAAGCAAGCUGGAGGCUUCCAGCUGGCAGACGUACGUCAAGGAGAUCCUCACCACUGCCUGUCUGGCUGCCCAGUGUAUCGACAGGGAGGGAGCAUCAGUGCUCGUUCACGGUACAGAAGGGACAGACUCCAGCCUGCAGGUGACCUCCUUAGCUCAGAUCAUCCUUGAUCCGGUCUGCAGGACCAUCAGAGGCUUCCAGGGCCUGGUGGAGCGAGAGUGGCUCCAGGCGGGUCACCCGUUCCAGCAGCGCUGCGCCCAGUCGGCCUACUCCAAUAGCAAGCCUCGCCAAGAGGCUCCUGUCUUCCUGCUCUUCUUGGACUGUGUGUGGCAGAUCCUCCGCCAGUUUCCCUGCUCCUUUGAAUUCAGUGAGAGCUUCCUGGUGCUGCUCUUUGAACACGCCUAUGCCUCUCAGUUCGGUACUUUCUUGGGCAACAGUGCGGCCGAGAGAGCCAAACUGUCUCUGCCUGAGAAGACUGUGUCCCUUUGGUCGUGGGUGAAUCGGCCCCAGGAGCUGGAGCACCUGACCAACCCGCUCUACGAAGCCAACAGUCUUGUGAUCUGGCCCUCCGUGGCCCCUCAGAGCCUGCUGCUAUGGGAAGGAGUGUUCCUUCGCUGGAACCGCUCCUCCAAGUGUUUGGAAGAAGCCUAUGACGAAAUGGUACAUAUAAUUGAAUACAACAAGGAGCUACAGAACAAAGUAAACAGCCUGCGCAGGCAGCUGGCCCAGCUGGAAACUGAAGAUCCCCUGCUGCAAACGCCAUAGAGAGAGAGAGAGAGAGCUGCAAAAGGAAGCCAGAUGGGAGAAAAAGGUAGAGAAAGUGAAAAUAUAACAAAAUAUAAAAACAGAUCAUUGUCAGCCUGGUUUUGGGCUUCGUUAGCUGUACAUUACUUUUCUUUUUUUUAUAUUUUUUUUUCCUGCAAAGAUGAAAAAUGAAAUGAAAAUUGCUCUACACCUACAUUAAUGUCAAAAUCAAAUUCUCUAAUAAUGCUUCACAAGGCCAACAUGACUUAAUGGAUGUAAAGACAUGCUUGAGAAAAAAAAACAUACAUUUUCAGCAUAUUUCACCAUGUUGUCUCAUUGACACUAAGCAGGAGUGAGAGGGAAAUAUUGAGAAGCAACAAAAAAAACAACAACGCAGCCAGUUAUUUCUCAGAGCACUGCUAAAAGCCAAACAAUCCUUCACCUCAUAGGCCAGUGUGCACGCAGAACCGUAUAUACAGAAAACAACUUCAUUUUCCUGAGUUAUGCUUUGGCUUGUGAGCUGAUUUCACAGUUGCUAAGCCUCUUCAAACCGUCAUGUCUCACACUUAACAAACACAGAUAACUUAACAUUGAGUGAGUGAGGCCAUUUUCUCCCAAAGACUACGUGCCGGGCUCCUGUGUACUCGUGGGCAUUCAUCUUGUCGAGGAAGGAGAUAAUGGGUGGAUUUCGAGGAAAGUUGGAGAGAAACAGCGUUUGGAGUUCACUUACUACAGGUUACACGUUUUCACCAAACAUCCUGCUGAAUGUAUACGCCUCUGAAGCGCUGCAGAGUAACUAUGGCAACAUAUAGGGUGCUAUAAGGCAGCGUGUGACACUGCUGCACGCCAAGAUGAUAUAAUAAGCGUAGGCAGGGUCAGCACUUACUGUACUGUACAAUGAGAGGGGAGGCUUGUUUAAUACGACUCUGACCAAAAUGUCCUGAUUGUUGUAUGUUUGUCAGAUCAUUACUUGACAUUCCAGGUGGUAGCAUGCCUGUAGAGUUUACGCAAAUUAAUUACACAAAAGAUUUAUUUAAUCAAAUCUCAUUAAACAAUAUUGUCCUUCAGCUUCCUUAGAAACAUCUUUUUCUUUUUCCCAAUCUUAUUACGCAUAAUAGUAAACUAUUGAAAUAUGUUUGCGAGUAUGAUUUGGAAAAAAGGGAAAUGAUGGUACUGAGGGUCUUGUUGUCAUGGUUAGGGGAACAAGACUCUGAUUAUCGGCGAGACUUGACAGAGGCGAUCACAUGGAGGUUUGUCUUCUUAACGUGAGAUACUGCUUUAAAGACCAAUUUAUAUUUUGGUAACUAAAGUUAUAUAAUAGUUGUGUUAAAAUACAUUAUCAGUUAAAAUGCAUAUCUGCUGUUUUGUGGUAUAACAUUCAAAACUAAUGCACUUUGUGUGAAAGGCAUUUCGAUUACUUUAUGUGUAAAUAUUAGCCGUUAAACUAUACUUCAAUAUCAGAAACAUACUCUUCUAAUUAUAAUUCUUGUGAUUAGCAUUAUUUUUUGUUAGUGCUCACUUGUGGAUGCCAUAAUAGACAGUAAAAUUUUUACUAUUAAGUGUGAAAACAUGCCAGUAUAUCAAACUAAUGUAAGCUCAAACUUGUUCAACUUAUUCAAAGUCUGUGCAGCAGAAAAAUGUCCUGGGCGAAGUUCUCCUUGGUGUCAACUAAUGCAUCCAAAAUAAUAAUUUUCUCACCAACCCUGGUCAGGAAAGCCACGGAAAAACAUAAGUCGUGUUUCUAAACCUUUAAUUGCACUGUGAUUAAAGAGGCAACUAAACAUGUUUAAAACAACUUGGAAUUCUAAAUGCUCUUGGCAUAGUGAUAUUAAAGCCCAUGGGUAAAGGUAGCUUCAGUUAGCCUAAUACUAUAAAGAGAAUUUUAUGCUUCACUGUGGAUGCAAAAAUAAAUAAAUGAAUAAAAAUGGCGGACCUGGGGUAAAUUUCAAUCCACAGCCUUCAUCAUCGGCCAUUUUUGUUUGUUUUGCCAGUAAUACAAUGUAUUCUCAUGUGUUUAUUUCCGUGCCAUCUUCAUACAUUUCACAUAUUUUGCUUCAAGAAUGAUGUAAUUAACACACUUAAUGGAGCUGAUUCCAGCCACUACAGUAAACUGCUUUGUAAAGGGAAUGUUUACAUGUAUAUUUCAUGCCUGCACUAUAUACAUUUUUUCCUUUGGCCAAAAAGACACCUUACCUUGAUGCUUUGUGUGUGCAUGAACAGAGCAAUGACUGUAACCAAGGUAAUAGUGUGAUUUAUAAUCAUAAAAAUGUCUCAUGUUUGUGUUCCUCAAAUGGUUGUUGCUUGGUCAAAAAGUCAACAAAACUCUAAAAGAUUAUCAGCACUGUUGACAAAUAGUAUUUUUGUCUCUUAUUGUCAUUGAACUUAUCAACUUUGUGCAACUUUGUUACUGUAAAAUCAGAAUUCAAAAUAAUCUUUGAAGUUGUUUGUCUGUAAAAUUAUAUUAUUGUUCAAAUGAUCAAAUGGUUUUUAUUUUUAGGUUUUCAAGCCAUUAAAAAUG